ACACGUGACCGGGCGUCCCGCCUCCUCUGGUCCAGUCCCGGCGGAGCAGGUUGGACUUAGCCUCAGGGACCCCGGUUUCAGUGUUGGAUAACCCCGGCGCAGCGGAGCCUCUGUCGCAGCGGCGGUCGCGCCGGUGAGCAGCGCAGGGCCGGGCGGCGCGGUGGGCAGCGCUGUCCGCGUCCCCGCGCCGCGGCUGUGCAAGGGACGGAGCGCCGCGGGCUGAGGCGCCGGGGGCCUGCGAGGUGCGAGGCCCUUGGGCUUGGGGGGUCUGAGGCUUGGGCUCUGCGUGGGCCGCGUGGACCCCGACGUGGGUGAGGCGGCCCCGGGAGCAUGAGCGGGCAGCGCGUGGACGUCAAGGUGGUUAUGCUGGGCAAGGAAUACGUGGGCAAGACGAGCCUGGUGGAGCGAUACGUGCACGACCGCUUCUUGGUGGGGCCCUAUCAGAACACCAUCGGGGCUGCCUUCGUGGCCAAGGUGAUGUGCGUUGGAGACCGGACGGUGACUCUGGGUAUUUGGGACACAGCAGGGUCCGAGCGCUAUGAAGCCAUGAGCAGAAUCUAUUACCGGGGUGCCAAAGCUGCGAUCGUCUGCUAUGACCUCACUGACAGCAGCAGCUUUGAGAGAGCCAAGUUCUGGGUGAAGGAGCUGCGCAGUUUAGAAGAGGGCUGUCAAAUCUACCUGUGUGGCACCAAGAGUGACCUGCUGGAGGAGGACAGGCGGCGCCGUCGUGUGGACUUCCACGAUGUCCAGGACUAUGCAGAGAAUAUCAAAGCCCAGCUUUUCGAAACAUCCAGCAAGACAGGCCAGAGUGUGGACGAGCUCUUCCAGAAAGUGGCAGAGGAUUACGUCAGCGUGGCUGCUUUCCAGGUGAUGACAGAGGACAAAGGUGUGGAUCUGGGCCAGAAGGCAAACCCUUACUUCUACAGCUGUUGUCAUCACUGAGUCACGGCUCAUCUGGCCUGGGAGAACUAAGUGAACUCCCCAGAGGGGCUGGAUCCAACUCUUGACCGGGCUGGAGUGGCCAAGUGUCCGAGCUACUCCAGGUGCCUACUGCGGCAGAGGUGGUACCUGCCUGUGCUGGCCCAUGGGACAGUGGCAGUAUUGGGCUGACUGGGCAUGAGGAGGGAUAAAGGGCUGAUUUGAAUCCCAGGCUUCUGUCCUGGCCAGAACUUCUGUCCAGAAUAUUUAAGUAGCUUCUGAACUGUAAAUAAAAUGGAUGCACUGUGA